AUGUUCGAAGUUACUUCUUCAAACAAAUCAACUAUCGAAACACAAGUUCGUCCUAUGUCUCAAGCUCCUGUCAAUGAAAAACGACGAAAUUAUCGAUUCUAUGCAGGAGAUCCUGCCAUUCAUCCAGCUGAGAAACGGUUGUACGCUAAUGGAGAUUUUGAAGGAACACCACUACACGUUUCUGGAGGUACAGAUCCACGAAAUCCAAAUCGAUCGGAUCGAUCACAUCUAGAUUUACCUGUACCAAAAUUCAAAUUGGAUCGCUGUUGGGUUGGUGUCAUUCCAGCAAAAGAAGUAACCUUUCGAAAUCUAAACGACAAUAUAACAAAAACCUUUUUAACCGAUAUGUGUAAACGUUUUGGUGAGAUAGAUGAUUGUAAAAUCUAUUAUGAUCGACAAACAAAGAAACACCUGGGAUUAGGAACAGUAAUUUUUAAAACAACCAAAGCUGCUCGAGAGUGUGUCAAGGCAUUGCAUAUGACCACGACAAUGGGUAGUAUUAUAUCAGUGUCAUUGGAAACAUCUGGUCAAGAACGUACAAAACAAUAUGCAACAAUAAUUCGAGCCCAGGAACAAGAAAAAGCUGCACAAGAAAAAGCUUUAGCUGCUUCAGCCGCUGCUUCUCCACCACCUUCAAUGGACUCAAACUACAAUAAACAAUCUGAUCCAUCACAUAUGUCUAUGCAAUUACCUGUUAACCAUAAAAGGAUAAAUAAUUCUUCUCAAUCAUCAAGUUCAUAUCCAUCUCGAGAUCAACACCGCCCGUCAAGAUUUCAACCCAUAUCGACUAGAUUCGAUUCACGAAAUCAACAUCCAAGCAAUGAUAAUACUGAUCAAUUUUCUUUUGACUCAUAUGGAUCAUUUGGUAAUAAUAGUAAUAAUUGUAAAUCUUCAUCACGUCGAUCACGUCGUCGAUCACAUAAUAAUCGUCGGCCUCAUUCUCAACAACGUCGACGAAGGCGAAAAACCAGUAGUAGUGCAACAUCUUCAUCGUCCUCACGUUCGUCGUCCUCAUCCUCAUCGUCCACAUCCAGUUCGACAUCAAGAUCUUAUUCAGUAUCAUCAUCAUCAUCAUCUCGCACUAGUUACUCGUCGACACAUAGCCAAAAUCGGAGAUCAACCAAUAAUUCUCGAUCGAACAAUUCUAAACAGCAAAAAGAUGAUGAAGUUCAUCGUCCAAGUUUGGACGAACGUAUAGCAGCUUUAUUUCAACAACAGCAAUGUGCUCAUUCGUCAUCUAUGCCAACUAAGACACAUCAUCGGCCACUACCGCUACCCAAUACUCAUCCACCUAAUUCAUUUUCCUAUCCACCACCGCCAUUAUCUUCGCCGAUGACGAAUAUCGUUGGUAGCCAUCAUCAUCAUCAACAAUCUUAUGGCGUAGUCAAUAAUUUUAAUUUUUUCGGUAAUUCAUUUCCACCUGCAUCAUUUUUAAAUUCAGCAGGCGGAACAAAUUGGCAAGACAUGUUCAAACAACCACCGCCGUCCUCGUCGUCCUCAUCAUCAUCAACUACCACAACAACAAUGUCCGCGAACGUAACGAUAACUAAUCAGUCGCAUAGCUCUUCGAAUGGUUUUCAACUCUACCCUACAGAUGGAGUCGAUGAACGCGAAAGGAAAACAAAUGAUUUAACUAAUGCCGUGACGAACGUUGUUUCAGGAGAACUAGUAGAAAUUUUGAGAAAAGAUCUAGCCAAAAAACUCAUUGAAACAUUAGUUUAUAAAUCGAUCGAAACCUGGUACGACAUCGAGGAACGGAAAGAUAAAUUUAAAAGAAUCAAAUCAGCUGAGAGUUCAACAAACGAUAACCAGACAACUUCUAAUGAACAGUUAUCUAAUCAAUUGCAUCAUUCAACAUCAAAUCCAUCACUUGAACGUACACCUGACGAACUAUCCACUCCAACCACACCAAUGACAGCUCCACCUUUCAGUUCGUCUACGUCAUCCACGAAUCUAUCGACGUAUUUUGAACAUAUAAAAGAUAAUAUAGGAUCAUCUGUGCGGGCUCAAAUGCCCAAAAUACCUUCAUUCAAAAAACGAACUAAUCCAGAUGAUAAGCCACUCAUUCCACAAAAAUCAGCUCCAUCAAGCGAGAAGAAAGAACCACCUCAACAACAACCGCGUAAAGUCGCACGAAAACGCUUAAGCUCUAGCAGCAGUGAAUCGAAUGAAACACCUGAAAACGAUGAUAGUCAGAGUCGAGAUUCAGUUUCCAUGCCAACUGAAGAGACAUCUUUGUCAGAAGCAAAAUCAAUCACUAAAGUUCCUGCAGAACCAUCUACACCCGAAGAGGAAGAAGGCGAAAUCAAAGAUGAUGAAGACGAAGACGAAGAAUCAGAAGAAAAGGGUGCUGCGAAUUCGACGAGCACGGUAUCAACGACACUGCCACCACCAGUGAUCAAACCUCCAUCAACACCGCCACCACUAACACCUCCUAAGAAAAAUAAAAACCUUGUUAAACAACCGAAAAAAUCUGGUCUACCUAAAAAACGAAAAAUUGAUCAAGUCAAAAGCGAUUCCACACAAGAUCAAGACGACGUCGAUAAUAGUACACUAGCCAAACGAAAGAAGAGUAUUAAAAGUCAUCAGCAUGCGACAACGAACAACAAAGUAGACGAUCAACUCAGUCAAACUGCAAAUCUAUUAGACAGUUUAUCGGCAGAAGAAGCGCGACCAUCCUAUAAUCCAUUUGCUUAUAUUGAAUUUGAACAUGAUUAUGCAUUUAUGACGAAACAACCAAUACCAGUAGCAAAACGAUUGACUGUCGAUGGAUUGAAUGAUAUGGGCGUUCAAGCACCAGUCAUCAUUCCGAUGAUUGUGAAGUUUUCACCGCGUGAGCACGAUGCUGAAAUGCGUAUUAUGUAUGAAAUCGAUCAAGGUGUUGAUGAAGAAGAUAUGUCAUAUCUUAAACAAAGUUUUCAAAAACUAUGCGAAGAAGGUCAUUCAUGUACGACAAAAACCCGAUGGGUUGAUCAUCCUGCUAGUCGCGACUCACCAUUUGUUAAACAACCACCAGAAAAACAUCGAACUGGAUGUGCUCGAACCGAAGGUUAUUAUAAAAUAGUUAAAGAUGAGAAAGUAUCUCCUAUGAAGACGACUGAUUCCUCUCAAAGUUCAUCUGUACUUCCACAAGCAAUACUCGACACAAAUCGGACUACGACUGGUGCGCAAAUGUCACGUGAACUUCGUAGUGAACAUCGACGAAAUCUAUUAGCGCUAGGCGAUGCUGAAUUUGCUGACCAUUUUAAAUUUAGUCAACUUAAGCUGAGAAAGAAACGUCUUCGAUAUGCGAAAUCAGGUAUUCAUGCAUGGGGUUUAUUUGCUUGCGAGCCAAUCGCUAUGGAGGACAUGGUCAUCGAAUAUGUUGGUGAAACCAUUCGACAAAGCAUUGGUGAUCUACGUGAAAAACAAUAUGAAUUAGAAGGAACCAAUUCUAAUUAUAUGUUUCGCGUCGAUUCAGAUACAAUUGUUGAUGCGACCAAAUGUGGAAAUCUCGCACGAUUUAUUAAUCAUAGUUGUGAUCCUAAUUGUUAUGCAAAAAUCAUACCAGUUGAAUCACAAAAGAAAAUUGUUAUCUAUUCAAGACGUGAUAUUCGUCUCGGAGAAGAGAUCACCUAUGAUUAUAAAUUUCCACUUGAAGAACAAAAAAUUCCAUGUCUUUGUGGUACACCAGUAUGUCGUGGCUCAUUAAAUUAA